AUGUCCCAUCCCCAGCCACAAACCAUCACCGGCGGCUGCCUCUGCGAGGCAAUCCGAUACACCAUCACCUCCGAAGCGGGAGAAUGGCCUCCCCCCAAAAACGCCAUCUGCCUCUGCACCAUGUGCAGGAAGCAUAGCGGCGCACUCAUCCCCGUGGCCGCCACGAUACCGACCAAAAACGUCAGUCCGCCCUUGCAAAGAAACCCCGCCUUCAAGCUCUACCGGUCCUCCACCGUUGCCCAGCGCGGAUUCUGCAUCCAUUGCGGCAGCUCGAUCUGCUUUUUGUACGACGACAGCGCCGACACGGAGAUGUGGUUGGGGACGCUGGAUGAGGAGGUGUUUUGUGGGGGGAAAGUGCCGGGGACGGAGGUGACGACGAAGCAUGGGACGUGGUGUGAGAGAAAGGGCGGGGUGAGUAAGGAAAUACGCCGCCGCGCCGGGGGGAUAUUCAUGGAGAAUGGGAUCGACGGGGUGACGGACUGGAUCGCUGGGCCGAAGUACUGGAAUCACUGGGGAGGCGGGAAAGAGCCGUUCACUGGGACGGUUGACGAGAUGAAGAAGAGAAUGGCAUGA